CGGGGCGUUCUGCCACAUCAUCAGCAUGUAGAGGAGUUUGCCAUGUCAUCCAUGCCAUCUCGCCGCCCCUUGCUACCUUUGCGGAGCCGCACGGCGCCGGCAUUGUUGCUGCAAGAGGCCCAGCGCCGGAAAGCACCCAGGAGGAUGCUCUACGGGACGGCUGUGAGUUGGCACAGACCCUCGGCGCGGCCGGCCUGGCCAUGCUGUUGCUGCUGUGCAUGGUGACUGCAUGGACCCACCGGAGCUCGGUGGGCCAUGUGACCAAAGACAUGAUCCACAAGAUGAUUGACCUUCAACCGGUCGAAGCUGCUUUCCUUCUCUUCGCCACCACGACGGUGGCCAAUGUUCUUUGCCUCCCCUCCUUCGGUCUGUGGCUGGGAGCUGGAGUCGUUUUUGCUCAUAUUUAUCACGAGAAUGUCUUGGAGAGUGCCGUCGUAGGUACCUUAGCGGUCUUCAGCGGGCUGGUGGCAGGUGGCGUUCUGGCCUUCACUUUGGGCCGGACUCUUUGCCAAAAGUGCAUCAUGAGAAGGUUGCAGAACCUUGAAUGGGUGGAGGUACUGAAUGCCAUUGUGGCCACUGAAGGCUGGAGGUUUGUGAUCCUCGCCCGCAUGAGUCCGAUGCUUCCCUUAGAGGCCUUCAGCUACGCGUGUUCCAUCACCCGAUUGACGACGGGUGAAUUUGCGUUGGGAUGCCUUGGCUCAUUGCCGGUGACCUUCUUUUGGGUUUGGAUGGGCGCAUCUGCAGAAUCCCUGCGGAUGAGCACGGAAGAAUCCGAUGAGCCGGGUAAACCCACGCUGCGGAAGCCUGUACAUAUGACUUUGCUUCUGCUAGGCGCGAGCUUAGUUGUCUUUGGCAUUCUGGUCUCUAUAUCAUCCAAGAGGUACCAAGCGAUCAUGGAUUCAAGGAUCCAAUCAAUCGCUCAACAACGAAUGGCACGUUCUCAGGAGCAUUUGAGCAUCGAUGCUGAGACGCCGGUGGAUGAGGCCUUGAGGCAAGAGCUUCAACGCUUGAGGCGGAGCUCCAAUCUGCGACACUGGCGAGGCAUGUUGAGUCCGCGACCGUCAGUUUGAGGGGCAAAAGAGCGGCUUCUUUGCGUCCACGGUGCCGGGCCGGGCACGGUAGGUUCA